UAAAAAUGCGCGCGUUUUCACAUAAGCAGCAUGGGUUUUCUAAAUUUUUGAAUUUUCCUUCCGUUACGUGCUGUCUAUCGCUGCUUUUCGCUCGUGCGCCUGCUUUUGGGGCGAUUCGUCGGUUAGCGGGAAUUAGCGGUUGAGGACGUUAAUCGAGAGAGCAAACAGUCGCGGCCGAAUCGAAUUCAAAUCAAAUGACAAAUCGAUGAGUCAGUAGUUGCAUGCGGUACGCAGCAGGUCUGAGGCAUUGUCCGUGGGCAGCAGAACACAAGACACUGUCGCUCUGUGCUGCAUCCACUACUGAAGAUACGCAAAAAGUUAAUCGUUGCAGGGACCUACCGGGUUAGUAAAAUCGUCCUAAUAUCGGUUGGAGUCGUCCAUAUGGCCAUGUGUACGAGGAGGUCUAAAGUCUGAUGAUGUGUGGUGUCACGCGCUUGUGGAAUACGUUUCCGGUUAAAAGCUCUAUUAAGGUUCAGAAACCACGUCUUAUAAAUAUCAACAAGCCGUUCUAGUUUUCAACUUACAUAUUAGCAGUAUUCAGUAACUUGUUGAUUGUCUUAGGUACUCAGAAUACCGGAGAUACACAUCUGUUAUGAAUCGUAAAUAAUUUUCGUUUUUGCUCUUCGGAAAUCUCGGAAAAAGAAUUUUCGCUUUGAUCGGCCAAUUUAUCUGAAAUGCUAAAACCAAAAAAUCCCUUAAGCGACAGUCGAACGCGUAGGUUCAAAGGCCGUUUUUCUAAAACCAAAUGAGUUGCGACGUGUGCCAAAAAUAUUGGGAAUCUUUCCUGGACACAACUGGAGUACACGAUUCCGUGCUAUGGAUCAUAGGAACCAAUAUUUACGUGUUUUCGGUAGUAGCUAUAGUGGGCAGUUUGUUUCUGUUCAUGGAUAUUACGGGCUACCCUAGGGCGAUGCGGAAAUACAAAAUUCAACCUGGAACCAAUGAACCAUUGACCUGGCCACAAGUGAAAAAGUUAUUAAAGGUAACCGUUCCGAACAUGACAAUAGUCGCAGCUUUUGCUAUAACGGCGUUUCACCUGAUUUCUAUAAAAACUAAUCGUUUGCCGGAUAUGCGCAUACUUCCGAGCCUUGGAACGAUCCUGUACUCCCUGCUGGUGUGCGUGAUUGCUACCGAGUUUGCUUUCUACUACAGCCACCGGCUGUUGCACUGCAAGUACUUGUACAAGAUCAUCCAUAAAAAGCAUCACGAGUGGACAUCACCGGUCGCAUUGGCCGCCGUGUACGCUCACCCGGUGGAGCAUGUCGUAAGCAACAUAGCACCACUUUAUCUGGGACUUUGGAUCACCAAAGCUCAUGUGAUAACCGCCUGGAUUUGGGCUGCCGUGGCUCUGAUGGGAACAUUGCAUGAUCACUCUGGAUAUCAUCUACCGUUCAUGGGAAGCCCUGAAGCGCACGAUUUUCAUCAUCAAAAGUUUAACCAGUGUUAUGGCGUUCUCGGACUGCUAGAUUGGUUGCACGGAACCGACGUAACGUUUCGUCGGUCCAGAUCCUUCAAACGUCACCGACACCUUUAUGGCACCAGUUCUGCUAGGGAACUCUACCCGGACGUUGAUGAAUAGCAAACAUGGCGGUAUCAGGUUGCAGUGCAGGGCAAUAACAUUAUUGAAAUAAAACAAAUCAUGGACAUUUCAGUUGAAA